AUGAACGGGCAAAACUACGACGCCACCGGUGUCGAGUUCUACACGAUCGAAAACUUCUCCUUCUCAAGCGGCACGACGCUGCACGACGUGCGCGUCGCAUAUCGAAGCUACAACCCGUCGUCCACCGCCGGCGUUGUGCUAAUCCCGACAUGCUACUCUGGGCUCAUCAACACGACAUUGACAUUUACCUCUGCUCCGAAUGAUGCUCUGGCAAAGUACCACGUCGUGGUGGUGGCGAUGCUGGGCAACGGCGAGAGCGCCAGCCCGUCGAACAAGCCCUUCUUCCCGGAGCCGGGCGAGUUGCGGUACGAGGACGUGAUCCGCGCGCAGCACGCUCUUGUGACGGAGCACCUCCAAGUCCCCACGCUGGAAGCGGUCGUGGGCUUCUCCAUGGGCGGCCAGCAGGCGUACCACUGGGCGGUCAUGUACCCUGGGUUCGUGAAGCGAAUCGUGGUCAUCUGCUCCGCGGCGCGGACGAGCCUGCACAACUACGCGUUCCUCGAGGGUCCCAUUGCUGCGCUGACCAGCUCGAUCGACUACGUCGCCUGGAAGGCCAUGAAGGAGAAGAUGGCGCGCGGAGAGAACGUCGGCGUCAACCUCAAGGAGGUCGUUCCCAAAAGGGGGCUCAGGGCCUUUGCCCGCGCGUACGGCGCCUGGUUGACCAGCACGGCGUGGUUCCGCGAGCGCCAGUUCACGACGCUCGAGGGCAGGCCGGGCAGCGUGGAGGAGUGGAUGAAGAUGCGCGAGGAAGGGUAUUUGGGCUGGGAUGCCGAGGACCUGCUCGCGCUGGCGCGCAUGUGGCAGAUGGGGGAUAUUGGGACCGUUAUCCCCUCCUCGGACGCUGCCGGGGCCGUGCGCUGCGAACUAGGCGGCAAGGUCCCCGACGACAACCUCUACCGCGCGGCCCUGGGAUCCAUCCAGGCCAAGGCGCUGCUCAUGCCGUGUCGGACAGACCAGUACUUCCCCCCCGAGGACUCGGAGAUCGAGAUGCGGCACCUCAAGCAUGGGAGACUGGCGGUGAUUGAGAGCAUUUGGGGCCAUACGGCGGGCGGCGGCUUGAAUCCCGAGGACACCGAGUUCAUGAAUGCGCGGAUCGCGGAGUUGAUGAAGGAAUGA